AUGGCUGAUUCGGAGUGGCAUACGAUAACUGUUCGAAUACCGUUCGCAUCGGGUAAAGAUGCGGACAUUGCAAGGCAGGUUAUCGAGGUCGAUCCAGAGCUCCAGCCACACGCGGUUAAGCGCACGAUAACUGUCGAGGGCGAUGUACUGAUCGCGACAUUCGAGACGCUGACUGUACGCCUGGCGCGACUGACUGUGAACGCCUUUCUCGAGAACGUCGACCUUGUCGUGCGGACUAUUCAGCAAUUUGGCGAGCGCGCAGACAAAAAGUGA